AUUUCCGAUUGAACUUCCUUUUCCGGUUUGCUUAACUUUAGCGACCAAGAUGGUGCGCAUGAACGUGCUAGCAGAUGCUCUGAAUGUCAUUGCCACGGCAGAAAAGAGGGGCAAAAGACAAGUGCUCAUCCGCCCGAGCUCUAAAGUCAUCGUCAGAUUUCUCACAGUGAUGAUGAAGCAUGGUUACAUUGGUGAAUUUGAGAUUGUUGAUGACCACAGGAAUGGCAAGAUUGUUGUCAACCUCACUGGCAGACUGAACAAGUGUGGUGUUAUCAGCCCCAGGUUCGACAUUGCCAUGAGAGACAUGGAGAAGUGGACAACAAAUCUCCUUCCAUCAAGACAGUUUGGAUUCCUCGUAUUAACGACCUCCGGCGGGAUCAUGGACCACGAAGAAGCGAGACGAAAACAUUUGGGCGGCAAGAUUCUUGGCUUCUUUUUCUAGUGUACAUAAACUUUGGAAUAAAGCUGUCAGGAAAA